CGCCGUCGUGUUCACUCUCUCUAUAACCCUUGUCGAGCAAAGUUCUUUAAUCCUCCUCGUUUCGUUGUAAACCAUGUCGUUUGAAGAUGAUUUUGUGGAAGACGAUGAGAUGAACAUGAUCGAUGACGAAGUAGCAUCUGACUCUGAAGCAGAAUCUUUGUCAGAUUCCGAUUCAGAUAACGAGAUCACUGAGAAGCUAGCUGAGCCGACAAAGACUGCUGUCUACAACAGAGAUGGUUUGCUUGAUAAGCUUCAAGACAUCAGCUGGCCAGAAGAUGUUGACUGGACUCAUAAGCUCACCGUUGAUAUCGAGCAAGGACAAGCCGUUGAUGUAAACGACGACCUCGCUAGAGAGAUGGCCUUCUACACUCAAGCCCUCGAAGGGACGAGACAGGCUUUCGGAAAGCUUCAGGAGAUGGGACUGCCUUUCCUCAGGCCUUCUGAUUACUACGCGGAGAUGGUGAAGUCAGACACGCACAUGGAGAAAGUGAAGUCUAAGCUUCUGUACGAGAAGAAACAGAUGGAGGAGACUGAAGAGAGGAGGAAAGCUAGGGAUAACAAGAAGAUGGCUAAGGAAGUACAGUCUCAGAAGAUGAAGGAACGUGCUAAGCAGAAGAAGGAUGAGAUUGAGUCUGUCAAGAAGUGGAGGAAACAGAGGCAGCAGAGUGGGUUUAGUGAGAAAGGAGCUGGGGAUCUUGAUCUUGAGUUUGGAAAUGGUAAGAGUUUCCAGAGAGGAGGUGGAAAGAAGAGACCAGGUGUGUCUCCUGGUGAUAGGUCAGGAGGCAAAGGGAAGCCUACUUCGAGGAUGAACAAUAAGAAGAGGGAGUUUAGGGACUCCAAGUUUGGUCAUGGUGGAAGGAAAGGGUUGAGCAAGCAGAACACUGCAGAGACCACGAAUGAUUUCAAAGGUGGGUUUCGUGGUGGCAAAGCCGGUGGAAACAAGAGACAGAAGAAAUAAACAAGUUUUGGUUAUCUAAACUUAUCCACAGUUUCAACACUAUAAGCUAUUUUGUCAUUUUGGUUUAUGUUUUGAGAGAAUGUUUCUUUUGAUUUUUGUAAGGGUUCUCGGACCAAUAUCCUUACUUACAAUGUUGUAGUAAUGAUUACUUGAGUUAACAAAGGUCCAUGUGUUUUAAAUAGCUUAGGUGCAAG